AUGGAGGCGGCUAUAAGAAUCUCUCUUAGGGCCGCCGCUGUCGCUUAUGAUGAUUUGGAUACUGUAGCGGAUACGGUCCGGGCGGCGAUGGUGCCUAAUGGGACGGAGCCCGUGCCGCAGCGGAUCCACCGGCUGCUCGGGGCGGCGCAUUUCGGACUGACGCACGCGCCGUCGGGCGGCGUGCGGUGGCAGUAUGCGAUGGCGUUCGGGGCGGCGUUUUUGGAGCCUCUGCGGGCGGCUGCUGCUGCCAGUGCUGCUGCUGAGGCGAGGAGCAGAGCGCUGGGGUGUGGCAGGGAGUGGGGUGGCAUAGGCGGGGGAAGAGGAGGGACAGGAAUGGGAGUGGGAGGGGGCUUGGGGUCUGGAGGAGCAGCAGGAGGAGGAGGAGCAGCAGGAGGAGGAGGAGCAGCAGGAGGAGGAGUACUAAGAGCAGGAGGAGAGGCAGCAGCAGGGGGGACAGCAACAGCGGUAGGAGCAGGGGGAGCAGCGAGGAGGGGAGUGAGCUACCCGUGGGCAUACGAGCUGGCCAACGGGUUUCUGCAGCUGAGUCGCGUGUUCGGGGCACCACCCCGCUGCUGGUGGUGGAAGAAGAGGGGGAGGAGGAGGGGGGAUGGGGAGGAGAAAAAGGAGGAGAAAGGGGAGGAGGGGGUGGAGAGGGGAGGGACCGAGGGGGAAGGGGGAGAGGGGAAAGGGGCCGAGGGGGAACGAAUGGAGGUGGAAGGGGAAGGGGAGGGGGAGGGGGAUGGGGAAGGGGAAAGGGACGGGGAUGGGGAGGGGAAGGAGGAGAAAGGGGCGGACGGUGUGGAAGGGAAGGGGGCGGAGGGGGAAUGGGCAGAGGGGAAAGGGGAGGAGGGGAAAGCGAACGGAACAGAAGGGAAGGGGGACGAAGAGAAAGGGGAGGAGGGGAGGAAGGGGGAGGUUGAGCGGGACAGCGAGAGGGCGACAGGUAGAGAGGAAGAGGGGAAUGAAAGCGACGGUGACGGCGAGAACGUGAUCAUCUAUGCCGGGCAGUACUAUGGGAGCAGUGCAGUGCAGCGCGAUGGGAAGAGCGUGCGGCCGUUCCGCAGCAAGAGUGUGCAAUCGGGUGAUGGCAACAAGAGUGUGCGGCAGUGCGAUGGCAGCCGGGCAGGAGAGACAGGGGAGACGUUUGAGCUUGAGCCGACUCAUAGGUCGUUCCGCAGCAAGAGUAUGAGAUUGGGCGAUGGGGGCAGCAGGGCAGAAGAGACGGGCGAGGGGCGGGCGAUUGCGAGCUUCUUCACAACUAAGGAAAGCGCUCUCAAGGCGGUGCUGGAGCGAGGGGGGGCUGUGGGUGCAGGGGCUGUGGGUGCAGGGGCUGUGGGUGCAGGGGCUGUGGGUGCAGGGGCUGUGGGUGCAGGGGCUGUGGGUGCAGGGGCUGUGGGUGCAGGGGCUGAAGGAAGAGGGGGAUGUGAAGAGGGGGUGAAGGAAGGAGGUGCAGAUGUGGCUUUGCAUGGGCAGCGAGCGGUGAGUGCGCCGCGGGCUCUGAAUGCGGUGAGUGCGCCGGGGGCUCUGCAUGUGGUUUUGGAAGGAGAGGAGGCGGGCAGUAGGGUUGACAAGAAGAGUGAGGAGGGGAGUGAGGGGGAGAGGAUUUAUGGAGAGGUGUGCGAGGAGGGGAGUGAGGAGGAGGGGGAGGAAAAGCAAGAUGAGGAGGAGGAAGAGGAGGAGGAGGAGCAAGGCGAGGCGAGCUUCUCAUUCGCUAAAACCUCCACCAUACAUUCACGCGAAUCCUCCUCUCCCCAACAACUACUGCCGUCCCUCCCGCCCUUCACCAUUUUCCCAAAAUCCUCCUCGUCCUCCUCUUCAGCCUCUACCACUCGCACCUCCACCUCUCUCGCCUCUUCCACCGCUACUGCCACCACGUCCACCUCAUCCCGCCCUCCACCUUUCUCCCUGCACACCCAAAACGGCCGCAUCACUCCCCGACCCUCCCCGCUAGGCUCGGCAGUGGCAGAAGGCCCGGACGGCAAACCGGCCGAGGCUGAUCAGGAGGCUCGGCAGCGGCAGGUUCGGGAGGCGGCGCUGGUUCGGUGGGCGGCGGAAGUGAGCUUCCCAGGCGUGGAGGUGGGGUGGGCGCAGUGGAAGGCGGUGGGAGGGCUGCUGGAGAGGGAAAGCGCACUGGCACAUAAGGCUCUGCCUGUCAUGUGGGGGAAGGCAGUCAAAGGGACGUUCAAGAGCGUGUUGGCUCACAAGGCUCUGCCUGUCAUGUGGGGGAAAGCGGUCAAAGGGACGUUCAAGGUGAGACUUUCCUUUUUAAAGAGGAUUGGCCUAUGGGAAGUGGGUGGAUUGGCCUAUGGGAAGUGGGUGGAUUGGCCUAUGGGAAGUGGGUGGAUUGGCCUAUGGGAAGUGGGUGGAUUGGCCUAUGGGAAGUGGGUGGAUUGGCCUAUGGGAAGUGGGUGGAUUGGCCUAUGGGAAGUGGGUGGAUUGGCCUAUGGGAGGUGGGUGGAUUGGCCUAUGGGAAGUGGGUGGAUUGGCCUAUGGGAAGUGGGUGGAUUGGCCUAUGGGAAGUGGGUGGAUUGGCCUAUGGGAAGUGGGUGGAUUGGCCUAUGGGAAGUGGGUGGAUUGGCCUAUGGGAAGUGGGUGGAUUGGCCUAUGGGAGGUGGGUGGAUUGGCCUAUGGGAAGUGGGUGGAUUGGCCUAUGGGAAGUGGGUGGAUUGGCCUAUGGGAAGUGGGUGGAUUGGCCUAUGGGAAGUGGGUGGAUUGGCCUAUGGGAAGUGGGUGGAUUGGCCUAUGGGAAGUGGGUGGAUUGGCCUAUGGGAAGUGGGUGGAUUGGCCUAUGGGAAGUGGGUGGAUUGGCCUAUGGGAAGUGGGUGGAUUGGCCUAUGGGAAGUGGGUGGAUUGGCCUAUGGGAAGUGGGUGGAUUGGCCUAUGGGAAGUGGGUGGAUUGGCCUAUGGGAAGUGGGUGGAUUGGCCUAUGGGAAGUGGGUGGAUUGGCCUAUGGGAAGUGGGUGGAUUGGCCUAUGGGAAGUGGGUGGAUUGGCCUAUGGGAAGUGGGUGGAUUGGCCUAUGGGAAGUGGGUGGAUUGGCCUAUGGGAAGUGGGUGGAUUGGCCUAUGGGAAGUGGGUGGCUCACACUCACACCCACGAAACUCCCACCGCGCCCAGCCCCCUCCUUGUCCGACUCCUUCCCUCCCACCCUGCAGGCUGUGACCCCAGACGGGACCAUCCAGAGCAGCAGAUUUGUGAAGUGCUCUCUGUGGUGCUCUCUGUGGUGCUCUCUGUGGUGCUCUCUGUGGUGCUCUCUGUGGUGCUCUCUGUGGUGCUCUCUGUGGUGCUCUCUGUGGUGCUCUCUGUGGUGCUCUCUGUGGUGCUCUCUGUGGUGCUCUCUGUGGUGCUCUCUGGGGGCACCACAUUUGCAUUGACAGGGAACCAUUCCAGAGCAGCAGGUGCUAGAGGUGCUCGACUGGGGGCUGGAGACACGCUGGCUCUUGAGAACUCGCUGGCUCUUGAGAACUCGCUGGCUCUUGAGAACUCGCUGGCUCUUGAGAACUCGCUGGCUCUUGAGAACUCGCUGGCUCUUGAGAACUCGCUGGCUCUUGAGAACUCGCUGGCUCUUGAGAACUCGCUGGCUCUUGAGAACUCGCUGGCUCUUGAGAACUCACUGGCUCUUGAGAACUCGCUGGCUCUUGAGAACUCGCUGGCUCUUGAGAACUCGCUGGCUCUUGAGAACUCGCUGGCUCUUGAGAAUUCUCAGAAACCAACUUCCCACAGCAGUGACGCCAGACGGGGCCAUACCAGAGCAGCAGAUGCUAGCCCCAUCCCCCCCACAAUCCGUCUUCUCCCUCUCCGUCAUUUCCCUCCCACCCCACAGGCAGUGACACCAGAUGGGGCCAUCCCAGAGCAGCAGGUGUUAGAGGCAGUGACGCCGGAUGGAGCUAUCCCGGAGCAGCAGAUGCUGGAGGUGUUCGACUGGGGCCUAGAAGGGCUGCUCAUCACCCUCACCUCGCCCGGCCCCAUUUACCUCGAGUCCACCCCUAGAGCCGUCUCGCCUUGCUCCGUCUCCCACUCGCUUUUCCCCACCUCGGCUUCCACCUCCUCCUCCUCCACCUCCUCCUCCUCCACCUCCUCAGCAUCCUUCUCCCGUUCCUCCUCCAACAAGCAACCGCAUGCAGCCCCCUCUGCACCCAACCCCUCUGCACCCAUCAGUACCACCACUACCUCCUCCUCCUCCUCCUCCUCCUCCUCCUCCUCCUCCUCCUCCUCCUCCUCCUCCUCCUCCUCCUCCUCCUCCUCCUCCUCCUCCUCCUCCCCUUCCCCCCUCAGCCCCUCCCUCCACCGCUCUCCCUCCUCCCUCGCCUCCGCCUGGGCCUGGAUCGAGCGCCUGAUCUCCACCGUCGAUCCGCGCGAGAAGGACAUCGGGGAUCUAAUCCUGGCCGUUGCAGCGCGCAUGGCGGCGCACAUCUAUUGGCGGUGGCCCAGGCGGAGGGACAAUGCUCGAUACAUAGCCCGCCUCCUGCUCUAUGCUCACAAGCGCUUUGGCUGGCAGCAGGGGGGGCCGCAGGCGCAGUGGGGGCAGUGGGGGGGACAGCAGGGGCAGCUGAGAAUGCGUGCGGUGAGGGUGAGUGAGCGGCUGUGGGGGUGGAGCCUUCCUGAUGCUGCUUCUGUCCGAGAACAGUGCGAGGUGAGGGUGGUGGGAUGA